CAAACAAAUUAUGAGAGAGCUUACAGUACACCUUAAUCAGGAUGAUUAAGAUGCCUGAAACCUGUCAAAGAAUGGAGCUCCACAAUACUGACACUGUACUUGUGUUAUGCAAGCAGCUAUCUUCUUAUCAUGCAGAAAGCUCCACAGAGGAAAUGGAGAACUCUUGCAUACAAACAUUACACCAAAUUGCAUCUAAGUUGUCAUCUCACAAGCCCUCCAAUGACGUUAUUUUGGCAGUGGGUGGACGCAGCAGCCAUUUGCUUCAAUGCUUGUCCAGUGCUGCUGCAAAACUGCGGUGGCGUGUUGUUGUUGCUGCUGUGCAGUGCAUUCAGGCACUCGUUGAUCAUCUUGUGGUGGAUCAAACUGCUAAAGUUCCUGGUUCUGUUGCAGCCCAAGCAAUGGCAGAUAUAAUGCAGCUGCUUACAUUGCAGCUUCAAACGCGCUACCCUAUUCCUAAUGUUUGUCACAGUGAAGCCUUGUAUGGUCUAUUGCGUGUGGCUAAACUCAUCCUGCAGAGCUGUUUGCGGGACUCAAUCCUGCCUCAUUCCUUCAUUACUGUUUGCAGGCCCUACAUGUUCUACGGACUGCCUGCUUAUCGCUCAGCAUUUGUUGAUGCUGGCGCUCACUUGGAUGCCAUGGACAGGCUUCAAGAUGAGGCUGAACUCCUCAUGUCUUCUGACUAUGACCCAGAAAGUUCUGUUAAGAACCAUUUCACAAACCGCAAUCGUAGGAAGCGCUUACGGCGCAAAAAGACCAAUCCAGGCCGCAAUCAGCCUGCUCAUGGCCCUCACGCGCCCUUGAGCUCCACGAGUGAGGGAAGCUGCGCAUCCAGAAGCCGUUUUUCGUCUUUCAGUGCAGCGUCUCGAGCGAUGCCCGUGCAGCUGCGCCCUCCUCAACCGGCAGAGAUGACCGCUGCUUUGGGCUUCAGGUGCGCCCAGGCUCCUUCUGGUGCUGAAUCUAUGGAAAAAACAGUAACUUCCAAAUCAGAAGAAAACCCACGCGAGGAGGUGCUACUUCAAGACCCUGAAGUUGAUGCCCAUGAAUAUAUGGCCUUAGACACACAAAGGAACUUAUCUAAUGGCCAAAGAGGGGAUUGUGGUCAUGAUGCUCCUGCAGAAGUGGUAACUGGUGGUCAUGAUGCUCCUGCAGAAGUGGUCACUAGUAGUCGUGGGACUCCUGCAGAAGUGGUCACUAGUGGAAGUGAGUGGGAGGAGUUGACAGAAGACGAAGAAGGUGUGUGGAGCGCAAGCCACCACACUGCCAGGGUGAGACAAGCUGCCCUGGCUGCUCUCUCUUCAUUGGUCACGGUGAGUGUCUCCUCUGAUGUUGUGGUUACUAAGGAAACUAAGGAUCCAUCAUAUGAUGUUACAGAUGUUGUGGUUACUAAGGACACUAAGGAUACAUCAUAUGAUGUUACAGAUGUUGUGGUUACUAAGGACACUAAGGAUACUUCAUAUGAUGUUACAGAUGUUGUGCUUACUAAGGACUUUGAGGAUCCAUCAUAUGAUAUUGCAGAUUUUGUGUUUAAUAAGGACACUUAG